ACUCUUAGAGACCUUCUCGGUCCUCGUGGCGAGGAAGUGAUUUGUUCUGCUGCUUUUCGGGUGUAACUCAUGCUUGCUGCACGGACAUGACGUACAGCGAGGUGAAAAAGACAUGUCUAGGAGUGUUUCUUGUACUUGUGCUCUACCCCAUUGUAGCAUAUGCAGCCCUUUAUACUGAUGGACUCUCAAGAGUUGGCUCAAACGUUUGCGAGGAGCAGAAACGUAGGUCUGUUGCGUCAUCCAUCCGAGUGACGACUGUCAACUAUGUGUACUACAAAACACGCUGUGGAGUGUUUGGUUGGAAUCGUUGCACAAAGUCCAGAACUGUUACCGGUUACAGGAGAAGGACGGUCUACCAAUGGACUACUGACACUUACCUACUAUGCUGCCGCGGAUGGCAAAGAAGAGGAGAUAGCUGCCCACCAGCAAUUUGUGAUAAUGGCUGCAGCCACGGUGGUAAUUGCACCCGUCCAAACUCAUGCAGGUGUACUCCAUUUUGGACUGGACCUACCUGUAGCAUAGAUGUAAACGAAUGCUCCCCAAACAAGGGAGGAUGUGAGCAGGGUUGUUCCAAUAAAAGAGGUGCAGCGAGAUUAUGCUAUUGCUACCCAGGGUACAAUGUAAGCAAAUUUGAUGACACAAAGUGUAAUGAUGUCGACGAGUGCACAUUCAGCUCUGCGUGCACCUGCGCUUCCGGAUCAAAUUCAUGUGGAAAACGAUGCAUGAAUACGGUUGGAAGUUUUAAAUGCACUUGUGACAAGGGAUACAGACUUCAGAGUGACACAGUAUGUACAGAUAUAGAUGAGUGCGCCGUGAAUAACGGAGGCUGCAGACGCCAGUGUGUGAACUAUCCUGGAUGGUACAAAUGCAACUGUCCGCGAGGCUUCCGCCUUGUUUCCGGAAAAGCAUGUAGAGAUAUUAACGAGUGUGUCAGCAACAACGGAAACUGCCACCAUACCUGUAGAAAUCUGUUCGGCAGCCAUCGCUGCAACUGCGAUAAGGGAUUUAAUUUAAACAGCAAUGGAAGGACCUGUUCAGACAUUGAUGAAUGCAAGUUAGGUCACGACUGUCAAGGCAUUUGUAGUAAUACUCUUGGUGGAUACAAGUGCUCCUGUAACAAAGGAUAUCAACUAACGACUGAUAACAGGACAUGCACAGAUGUCGAUGAGUGUGACCAAAAAACCAUCGCUGGAAGUAAAGAAACAGCCACUCUUUCUGGUUGUCAUCACAUCUGCACGAACGUUGAGGGGAGCUUUCAGUGUUCUUGUAGGAAAGGAUAUGCGCUGAUGUACGACAAGAGGCAGUGUAAAGAUGUUGACGAAUGCCACACUGGAAGCCAUUCCUGUGAACAUUACUGCCAUAACACGGACGGUCACUACUUUUGCUCAUGUAGACCAGGCUACACAUUGUCAUCAGACGGGAAAAAGUGCAAAGCUCAGCCUUGUGAGAAGAUUUUUUCACCACCUCAUGGCGGAAUGAAUUGUUCAGGACUUGUAACUGAUGCCACUUGUUCAUUUUCUUGCGAACCUGGAUAUGAUUUGGUUGGAUCACAGUCGAGAACAUGUCUUGCUUCUUCAAGGUGGAGCGGAAAACUUCCUUUCUGUCAAGCAAAACACUGCAAGACGCUGACCGCCCGUGGGAAUAAAACUAUUUCAAUGCCUUGUUUUACCUCCCUUGGCUCAACUUGCCAUUUUGGAUGUCGUCGUGGAUUUUUCUUGGUGGGAGACGGACAAGCCAAUUGUAGCCUUAAUUCCAAGGGUGACGACGUUUCUUGGAACUUUGGGAGGUUUUCUUGUAAAAGGAUCAAAACUUGCCAGCCAAAUCCAUGCAGAAAAGGAGGAAAAUGUUCAACGUUGAACGAAAAGGACUACACCUGCGAUUGUGAAGGCACUGGAUAUAAAGGAAGUCAUUGUGAAACUGGGCAUGUCGUGACACCGAUCUUUCCUAAACUACUUACCAAAAAGAAAUCCAGGAGGCUUUUCCUUCUAGCACGACCAUCGGGACGCCUCAGAGUAGUAUUAACAUCCGAGAAAGAAGUUACAUUUCAGCCACAAUCAGCGGUCUUUGACCCUUCAAAUACAAUGGACGGAUUUACAGUAUUAGCGGAAAAACCAGGAAUCCGAAGGAUCACAUACGAUCUUGAGGGUGAAAGUAAGAACGAUUUUGAAGCUCCAACACCAGGCGUGUUAUUCAGUGCCCCAAAAAUGUCCCUUAAUGACAGUCUCAGCACAAAAGUGUUCCUUCGCAAAGGUGAGCUACCCAUUGGCUGCGAGGAACAUCAGACAAAACUUUCAUGUGAAGUACGCCUAUUAUCUACCACACCGUGGACUAGGAAUCCUUUAUCUACCAGUGGCAUUGUGCACAUCACCGCUUCCAACAACCAAAAUAUUCCUCUCUCGUUAAUCGGUUUAAAUCCAAGGGAUGGCGUCUCGCGGGAUAAGAUGAUCGAGGCUGGUAUUUCCAUGACUUCGUCUUCCAAAAAAUACGCACUUUUGCUUUCACGAAAUGGAACAUGCCAAGCGAGAGUUACAGACUCGAACAGUCUACUUGAACUCAUACAGAAUGACGCAUUCCUGUCUUCGUUUAUGGAGGCUCUUUCAUUGAUGACACCAGAAUGGCUUUCAUUCUCUGUCGACGAGAACAACAACGCUUUUGACAUUCAGAACAUUGCUGCUAGUCUAACUUCUGGUUUGGAACACUGCUUAGGAUUUCCCUUAAAUCGAGCAUCAAGUCUCGUCUAUUACCGUCCUGUUGUGAGUUUUAAAAUUCGAGUUGCACAAACUGAUGUUUCUUUAUUCGCAGAUGGAACCACCUGCUUUGCAAUUAACAUUUGCAACCCUGGUUUGUUUGUUAGCCUUUCCGAGGGGCCUGCCUAUCUUUUAAAGAGUUCUCUGAAUAUUUUCCGAGACAUGCAGGAUAAUGGGCUCAGUCUUCAGGUGGAUUCUAUUGGCCUUCAUAGAGACAAGGAAACUAUUCGUUUUGUAAAUGGAAUUAUUUGGAAUGGCAAGAAGUUACAAAAAUUGUCCCCGCUCCCCUUCAAUAUGUGGCUAAAAGGAAACCUGAACUGGAAAUUUGGGGUUCCGAAGCUCCUUCUCUUGUCGUUUAGGAUGAGGGGGGAAGCCAUCAUCAGAACCGAACAUAUGGACAGUCUAUUUACCAUUCUCAUGUCACAACGGAUGGACAUGCAAUUAAGAGGAGAAGCAUCUCUGAAUGUUUCUGGAAGAGCACUCAGGAAAGACUUUAUCUUGAAACUUGGUUCAAUCAAAGCAAGUGGAAAAGCUCUCCUGGGAGGAAAAGGUGAAUGCAGCAAGAAUGUUCGAGGCAUCUUCUUAGAACUAGAGAAAUCUGCCAGCAACUUUUUGAAUGAAAGCCCUUUUGCAACUCACAUUCGGCCAAUAGAGAAUCAACCUGUUCGUUUGGCAAUGCUCAUGUCAGUGAGCGGAGGAAUGCAAAACACAAUUGUCAACAUGGGUGAAGUUAAAAGCUUUCUUUCCAGCAUUAUUUCCCUAAUACCUGAUCUGGAAGAUGUUGUCAUGAAAGCCAAAGAAGUUAUGCCACAUGGUGAAAUUGCUCUGCAAAAAUCUUUAGAUAUUGUUUCGGAAACGAACGUUUCCGUAAACGAACUGGAAAAGAUGAUAACUGGAGACACAAUGGAAGUUACACGAGGUCUGACUCUCCUUAACCGCAUAGAAAAUAAUUUAAAAUACUUGAUAAGCAUCACAGAUGUCAUCAUUGACCAUAUUCCCUCCUCAAGCAACAAAGGAAAAUAUGCAGAGCUUUCCACCAGAAUUGAUGGGAUUCAGGCAAGAUUUCCUCAACAAUUACGUCCCAAUCUUGACGGAGAACCAAUUGAACAAACCUUUAACGGAAUAAGCUUCUAUUUCAGAGGUAAUAUUUGCAUGAAACAUCUGUGUCUUAAGGAUUUAGGCACAACAGUUGACUACCUUACAGAGAGAAACUGCGUAUCUAACACACCACAUACAUCAGUGUUCAGAGGCAGAGGGGAAGCCUUAGUGCAGAUGGCUCUAAGUAAAGACAACAUAUUGAUACUCCCUAUGGGAAACUUCAUUGAUUUCAUCUUUCCGAGAGACUCUGAGACUGUGUCAGCUCAUUUCGUAGGAAGAAGUAGUGUUUUGGCCGUUAUUCAGCACGUUGAAGUUUCAUUAAAUGAGAAUCAGCUGUCGUUUGAAAUGCAAGGGAAGAUAUUUGAUAGAUAUAUGGCGAAUAUGGAUGUGGUGGCAAAGAUUGGUCAUGCUACAGAUUGGAGCUCCUUAAUCUUUGCAGUUAACGGACGGAUGUCAAAUUCUUCACAACUUUCAAAUCUUCUCCAAAGUCAAGUGACGACCUUCGCCAGUUUCUUAGCAGAAAGAGCUGCCAAACGAAUUGAAAGGUGUGAGAGAUCGAUUUUGAGUGCUGAAGAAAGGCUGAAGAAUGCAAAGGAGUUGGUGAAGAAGAAAAAGGCAAUUUUCGAUGAAGCGUUAUUAGAAAAGCAACGAAGGCUUUCCAGAUUCCAAAGAUUAAGCGCGGCAUAUGGGAAAGCAUCAAUAGAGCUUGAGUCUUCCUUGGAUCAGUUUUUGAAAGUAAAGAACAGAAAAACAUGUCAAUUUUUGUCCUGUGACUUUAUCGAUGCCAACACUUAUAUACCAGCGGUUUGUCAAAAGCCAGUGUUUGUGAAUUACACCGUCCCCGUUUGCCGUAAAGUAAAGGAAACGCUGAAAGAAGAAGUCAUUGUUUCAAAAGUGGUGAAGGAAAUCGAAAUGGUCCAAACUUCUAUAGUCACAGAAGGUGGUAACUGUGGGAAAUCUGGGAAUAUUUUUGCACUGGUAAAAAAGUUUUUAUUUGGCUGCGAUAGUUAUCAAAUGAAAGUACCUGGCCCUAAAAUUCCAUUCGUACAUCAUGUAACAAAGAACUUCCGCGAAUACAAAACGAAGGAAAUCGAAAGGUUUAUUUGCGAUGCAGUAAAGACGGAAACUGUAGUUUCUGGUUAUCUCAUGUAUGAGUGUCCUAAAAAUGGAAGUAUAAAAGUUCUAGAUCCAGCGUGCGUCUCGCACAACACAAAUUGCUCAUUUGAACUGGACAACCUCGCCGCUGAAAUUGAGUUUGAAAAUGAUACCAUGUUCGUGGAUUUUCAAGAUAUGCUCACGAAAGGAAAACAGUCCACCCUUGCUCAGUUGGAUCUGAAUAAGGCAGAAAUAAAGUUUGACAGUGCUGUAUGGCAGUUAGAGCUGGCUCGUGCGCGGCUUCAGCAGCGUGAGUUUACUCGAAAAGCCAUUAAUCUCAACACGGUGAAACAGAGGGAAAAACUGGGACUAAAACUUGGUAAAAACAUGAAAAAGCGUAAAGGAAAACCAUUGAUCUACGUAGAGAGUCUUGCAUUCCUUGUGGCCCUGAGCUCGUCAUCAACGAAAACGCGAUUUCCCCUCACAGCUUACGUCAGAACAUUCGAAGGCUCACAAAAAGAAAUUCAGUUUCCUAUGGACUUUAGAAACGAACAAGGUUCUCUGGCCUUAGCAUCAAAACGUAUUAUUGAGACGCUCUUUGGAACAUCAAACGGAAGAAGACGUAGGUCAGUAAGAGAGGAACCCAUCGUCUCCAAAACAAAUGACACCAACUUCUCUGUUGAAGGACACGAAUGUCAUCUUUCUAAAGAGGCCAACAUUAUAUUCUCUGAUAUCGUUGAGUCCAUGGAUUUUUCAAUCAAAAGUAAAAGGGAAAUUGAUCAAGCUGUUUUUGCAGGCAACAGACGAAUAGAAGAGCUCGAUUAUUACAACAACAACGAUGGGAACACCUCUUACAGCGAUAUGAGACAGUUUCUCAAGGAUGCUCAGCUUAACACCUCAGGAGCAACGUCUUGGAGUGACAUAUUAAAUGAUGCACGUGGAUUUCUCGAUUUCUUGACGCAGAAGAAGAACUUUACACAAUGCUCAGGGAUUCUUGAUUGUGUGGACUUCUUCUUUGACAGCCUAGAAGAAAUGUAUGAAAUGGAAAAUCACCCCAGAGCCAUUAAAAUAAAAGAAGCGCUUCGGUCUUUAAACAAGAUAAUUAGCAGUAUUUUGAGGGAGAAUAUUACUGUGUCAUUGUUGGAAAGGAAGCUAUCGCAAGCGAGGUUUUUCAUUAGUGGAAGUAAUGAUGAGAUCAUACUUUGUGGUCAGAAACCCAAAAUCAAGAAGAAUUCUCCUGCGAAAGUUGUCACGCUUCUUGGCGGAGAUAUUGAUUUUGUGUGUGAGGUUGAAAGCACUCUGGAAGUUGAAUACAUGUGGACGAAGAACGGAGAGCUUCUAGAAGGAGAAAAUGGGACCAUACUUGAGCUAAGAAGUGUCACUGAACAUAGUGAAGGAGCCUACAAGUGUCACGCUUCCAAUACAAGAGGGAGUACAGUAUCUAAUGUCACCAUCCUGGUUGUGCAUCAAAAACCACAUAUUACCGAACACCCAUUUGAUAAUCAGAAGCUCGUUGGCGAUGAAAAUGUGUGGAUGGUCUGCAACAGCACUGGUGUUCCAAGGCCAUCAACAGAGUGGUUUUUUACUCCAAUGAAAGGGAUGGGCCAGUAUGCUGUUCGGCUCAACGUGACGGGUCCAGUUCUAGAAAUAGGAAAUCCGACGACAGAAAAUGCUGGCUUUUAUUACUGCAACGUGUCUAAUUUACAUGGUGCUGUUCAAAGUAGAAUUGCACGACUGGACAUUUUAAGAUUCAUCCCGGGCGUACCUAGAAUUGCUCUCAGUGUGAAACUAAAGCAGUGCAUUUCCACGCCCUCUGUUGUAAAGAGCAGCUUAGAUAAUUGCAAAGGAAAUAAAAUAGACAAAUUCCAACAGAUAGAUACCAUGGGCUACCGACAUAUUACUCAAAAAAUGUUGGAGCAAAUGAGUUGGCCAGUGAAAAAAACACAUGAUGAGUAUUACACACCAUUUCCAGCUGCUGUGAUCUCGUUCGUUCUUCAAGGCGAAGAUCCUAUCACACCAGAGGGAAAGAAACUCGAAGCACUCAAUGAAUUCUCACUUUCUAGAAUACGCAUAGGAAACAGUAUAGAGAGGCUUUAUGCUUCUCUAAAGGACGAGAAGGUGAAGACGCGUUGGGGAAACUUGACAAUAACUGGUGACGAGGAUGGCCUUGUUGUCGAAUUUCCUUCGCAAAAAUGUCCAAGUGGCACGAGAACUCAUGAAGAUGGGUAUUUAUGCGUGUAUUGUCCACCUGGUUACUAUGAAAUCGGAAAUAGAACUUGUGAACCAUGCCCUGUUGGCACAUAUCAGCCUGAUGACGGGAGCACAAAAUGUGUCAAGUGCCCUCAUCGAGUUUCAUAUACAGAGCCUGGAGCGGUACGAGAAUCUCUCUGCAUCGAUAUAUCCAAACCAUGCACCAAGCCUCCUAUAAUAGACGUCGUCCAUGCUCAACUGCCAAAUAGCACAAAAACUCUCUAUCGUAGCGGUCAAACCUUUGAAUUUGAGUGUCAGCGUGGGUACAAAGUCCAAGGAAAUGCAACAACAGAGUGUAAAGAAGGAAACUGGACCAAGUCUGACUUUCACUGUGAAGAGACUUGCUAUCCACCCUGGACUGAGCUAAAGAAGCAUUGCUACUUGGUGGUAGAGGCACAGGGCCACCGUUGGAUGGACGCGCUGAGCCAAUGUCUAAGCCUCAAUUCACAGAUGGUCAUCAUAUCCUCAGAGGAGGAAAACGAAUUUGUCAAACAGCUUUCUAAGGUUUAUCUUAGAGAGAAGAAAUGGACCCAAGCUCACAUGUGGCUCGGGCUAAGGAAGAUGCACGCCAUUGGUAAUUUUCUAUGGGUUGAUGGGAGUCCUUUAAAGGGAUACACUAACUGGAUCCCUGGAGAACCAAACAACGCAAGAGGUCAAGAACUGUGUACCGAGAUUUUGGUCUCUGGUAAAUACCGGUUGGGCAAGUGGAACGAUGUGAAUUGUAACAUAGUCCAUUACAAACCUCUCAUGGUCUGUGAGAAACCCCUCCGACAGGGAGAAUAAAAGUACUGAUUUAGUUGCUUUCCGCAAUUUUUAAGAUACAUUUUGCUGAUUAGUUCUGUAGCUGUGCGGGAAGA